AGCAGCUCUUGACACAGCUGGGAGGGGGGAAAAGGGAGGAAUGGCGAGCAGUAGGUAAUCCAAUGAGACACAGAGAGGAGAGGCAGAGCGAGGGCAACGCCUCAAAGCACCGGGAAGCUCUCUCUAUCCAUCGCCAUCUCACUCCCCGAUUUCCCCUCUCUCUCUGUGAAGCGUAAAGCGACCUCUUGUUUUGCUGUGGCUGCAGCUCUCGCCUUUUGUCAACAUUUAUUAGCAGCCCUAUGUGCAUUGUCACGCUAAAGAAUGAAGUGGUAACUGGCUCCUUGGAUUAUUGCUCUUUUUCCCCCCGCCAGUGGCAGCGAGGUGCUGGCAUCUUCUUUGUGGAGUCAUCUUUGUUGAGGGAUAUAUCGGUUGGUGGGCCUGAAAAGCAAAGGGGUUCACAGGGAAGGGGGCAUGCCCUCCUAGCAGUUAGACAUUUGGGGUGCCAUGCCGCCACUUGAACUCUGACCUGACAGGAGCAGGAUAAAGCAAAAAAAUUGUCUUUUUCUUUCGAUUUUCUUUUUCUGUCAUCAUGGACAUAAACCUCCAGUCGCACCGCUUCUACUUCCCUCAGAUCUAUUGCGCCGAGCCGGGGGCGCAACCGCAGCUGACCGAGUUCAAAGUCAGUGAACAGAGCAUCUGCCAGGCGCGGGCCUCCGUCAUGGUUUACGACGACACCAGCAAGAAGUGGGUGCCCAUCAAGCCGGGCCAGCAGGGGUUCAGCCGCAUCAACAUCUACCACAACACGGGCAACAACACUUUCAGAGUGGUUGGCGUCAAGCUGCAGGACCAGCAGGUGGUCAUCAACUACUCCAUCGUAAAGGGCCUCAAAUACAACCAGGCCACGCCCACAUUCCACCAAUGGCGGGACGCCCGGCAGGUCUACGGCCUCAACUUUGCCAGCAAGGAGGAGGCUACCACCUUUUCCAAUGCCAUGCUCUUUGCCCUCAACGUGCUCAGCGCUCAGGAUGGAGGUCCAGCUGUGCAGCGUCAAGUCCAAAAUGGACUGACCUCGGAAGAGAUGGAAGCCCAGAGAGCAAGGCAGAUGAUGGAGCAGCAGCAGCAGAUGCAAGCCCACAUGGAGCGAGAGCGACAGUCCUCCAACUCAGGUUCUCCUUUCCAAGGCCACCCCGCAGUGCUAUCUGUGGCGCCGCCUGUCGUACCUCCCCCUGCCAACAUGGGCGCUGCUCCUCCUCCGCCGCCGCCGCCACCGGGGCCUCCGCCGCCCUCCGCCGGGGCCCCUCCGCCUCCCCUCCCUCCUCCACUGCCCAUCCACGGAGAGGAGCCCACGGCCCAGACAGGUCUCGCCGCCAUGAUCGCGGGCGCCAAGCUGCGCCGCGUUCAAAGACCUGAGGAUAGCACGCCCAGCGCCAAAAAUGAAGUCAAUCGGACGAGCGGCGGCAGCGGAGGACUGAUGGAGGAGAUGAAUGCUCUUUUGGCGCGAAGAAGAAAAGCAGCAUCAGAAAAGCCAGAGGACAACCAAAAUGAGGACCCAAAUUGUCCAUCACCCGGCAACAGGGGGAGUCAGAACGCCACAGAUGGUGCUAAAAAACCCUGGGACAGAGCCAACUCUGCAGACAGGUCCAUGGCUUCGAGGGUACGACCCGUGGGGAGUGCCUACGACGGAGACUCGCUAGACAUGGAUAGAAUGAAACAGGAAAUCUUGGAAGAAGUGUUCCGAGAGUUGCACAAAGUGAAGGAAGAAAUAAUUGAUGCUAUUAGACAUGAACUCAGUCGAGUUAGCACAACAUAAUCUUCCAGAACCACGCGCCAAUUUCAACAGCAGGAGGACUACGACAAAAGGAUAAAUCAAGCUGAAACUGUUACGUUCACUGUGGCGAUGAGGCGCCACCGCCAUGUUGCCGUGACACUUGCGUGACAAGUGUGUGUAACAUUGAGUUUGUGCUUUGCAAAGGGAGCCGUGUGUGUGUGUGUGUGUGUGUGUGCGGGCAUGUGUGUGUGCGUGUGAAGGGACUCUACAAUUCUUUACAUUUCUGUCUCUUUGUUGUCCACUGUUCCUUUCUGUCUCUGUUUGGUCUAAAGAACACUAGACAAUUCAAUAUAUUUGAACUAUUUUAAAGUUUUCAAGAGUUUAUUUUAUUUUUGUUAUGUUUACUCUCAUUUUUAUGACCCUUACUAUCAUUUCUCAUUAUUGAAGUAUUCUUAAAAGGAAUCAUAGAUGAAAAUAUUGAGAAUAUGAUGGUAAAUGUAAAACUGUUGCACAUAUUUUGAAAUAUUUCUGUUUUGUAUUAUUCACUUAUGAACUGUACCACCAAAUGCUUCUUCAUCGUUUGUUCAUUUCAAAUGUGUGUUUAUUCUUUAUGGCCAACACAGUAGUGCAGCUUUGACAAACAACAGACAGUGGGUGAACUUUUGAACAAAAUAAUAAUAAUUAACACACCAGAGUAUUUGUGAUCAUUUUGUUAAUAAUAGUUUUAAAAAAUGUUUAUCAGCUGCCAGUAUUGUUCAUUUUAUUAUCUCUAUGACAAAGUGCUUCCUUGUUGGACAAGUCGAGAGGGAAAAUAAAAUGCACUGGGUUUGAAAUUAAUCAAAUAAAACUGUGAACAAUGUCUUGGAUAAAUAAGCCUUACUGUUUCACUUAACGUGUGUUUUUAUUGUAUUUUUUUUUUUAGAAUAGAAAAAUUGUUUAUUGUUAUUUAUUGUCAGAGGGACGGCGUGGCGCCGUUGGGAGAGUGGCCGUGCCAGCAACCUGAAGGUUCCUGGUUCAAUCCCCACCUUCUACCAACCUUUUCACAUCCGUUGUGUCCUUGAGCAAGAGACUUCACCCUUGCUCCUGAUGGGUCGUGGUUAUGGCCUUGCAUGGCAUCUCCCGCCGUCAGUGUGUGAAUGGGUGUGUGAAUGUGGAAAUAGUGUCAAAGCGCUUUGAGUACCUUGAAGGUAAAAAAGUGCAAUACAAGUAUAACCAAUUUACCAUUUCAUUGUACAUUAAUAAAAUACGAAAUUGCGGGAGAUCGUUUAUUGUAUUAAUAUAUAUAUUUAAAAAUAUACAUUUCAAUUUGUUUUGUAACAAGCAAAAUUGGACUGUUUUUGAUAUGACUGACAUAUAUCGGAUAGAAAAAUUUAAAUUCAACAUUUGUUAAAUAAUACUGAUAAUAUUUUCACACUUUAUGUGUGUGUGUGGGGGUACUUGGUCAAACAAUCCUAAAUUCUAAAUUGUUUCAAUAUUUUAUAACAGGGGUCGGCAACCCACGUGUGGCUCCGAAAUGACAACACUGGCUCGGUUUCUUAAAGACGGGCUCUUUACUUGAGUUUUUAGCCGUGAAAACUACAGGACAAGACAUGAAAUACAAUAGUUUUAGAAAUACUUCAGUCCCAGGCAAACAAGGUGCCAAACAAAAAUAGCUACCUCGUGGCCGCCUGCCACUUCGGAGGUUCUUGUGCAGCAAACACUCCAGUGUUGUGCAACUACAUGAGCGAACAAAAAAAAUCAAACCAAUGCACUCCACAAAAAUACAGAAGAUUACAACACAAUAUGACAAAUACCUUGUUCAGCUAGCCAAAUGUUCCCCACUGCUGCUGAUGGCCCAAAGUCCUUUGCAUGUCUGCAACUCCAAACAGCACACCAAAUCUCGCGAGAAUAGCGGUGUGACAAAGAAAAUAAAUUGCCCCUUUUAUAGUAACCCAAAUGUGUCUUAUUUACAAAAAAAUAUAACAUGACUUCAGAACCAUAAUAAUUUACAACAAAAAAUGUUAAUCCUUAAAACAAAAAAUAUUAAGUGUAAGUUUUCAACAACACUUACACUCCCACCAAAAUCACUCAUUGUCUCUCAAUGUGAUUUUCUAUAAAGUGUCCUGGUUAGAAUCUGUUUUACUGUGUAGGUCAGUCUCAAGUAGGGUCACGACUUUGUGAAUAGGUCUUUCUAGGUAUAUCAGUCUCGUCAGUGGUUUCCCUUUGUCAAAAGUGGUUUCACUGGUCUUCAACUUCACCUUUCGAACUUUGCCGUCUGGGCUUUCCAAAGUCUCUAUCAUUCGAGCUAGUUUCCAUUUACAUCUUGGAGCGUUGUCAUCCUGUAUUAUCACAAUAUCAUUUACUUGCAGGUUUCUUGAAACUUUCUGCCAUUUCUGUCGCUGUUGGAGAUUCAACAAAUAUUCUCGCAUCCAUCUUUGCCAAAAUUCAUUUGCGAGAAAUUGCACCCUUUUCCAUCUUUUGUUCAAGUACAAAUCAUCCUUGCAAAACUGUCCUGGAGGGGGAAGAAUAACUGAAGAUUUCAUCGUUAAUAUGUGAUUGGGAGUUAGUGGUUCUGGACCCGUGGGAUCAUUUAGAUAUUCAACACUUAAGGGUCUACUGUUGAUGAUUGCCAUUGUCUCGUAAAGUAAUGUUCUUAGACUAGUCGUAUCGAGUCUGUUUGAGUACUUG